AUGCAACAAAUAAGAUUAGGAGAAACCCCUUCAAAGAAAAGACAUUGGACUUCUGAAAAUAAUUCCCAAGUUUCCCCAUUAUCAGUUACUCAAAAUUCCUACACCCCGAUUCAAAAAUACGGAACUAAUCAAAAAAGACUUAGCUACUCUAUGAAUAACAGAAAAGAAGGACAUUUGAAACAUCUUAUUUCUGAAAGAAUGGCUAGUGAGAAACUCGAUAUUUUGGCUAAGCUUGGAGGUCAAGCAAAAGCAACAGCAAUUGAGAGUCAAAUAGUGUGCCUUUCAAGAGAUGAUCUUGUAGAUCUUGUCCUUACAGCUUGUGCAGAACAACCUAAUUUUUAUCAAAAGGUCAAUCGCAAAUACCUUGAUUCAUUGACAUAUAAUGUAAAAAAGAGUACUUUCACAGAUAUACAUAAAUAA